UUGGCGGCGUCCGCGCCCCCGCCGGUCGAAGCCCGUGGCCAUGUCCUCAGGGCGCGCUGGGUCCGGCGGGCAGGAGGGGGCCGCGCGCGCGGCGGCCGCGCUCUGCGGCCUGUACCACGAGGCCGGGCAGCGGCUGAGGCUCCUGCAGGACCAGCUGGCCGCCCGGGACGCCCUCAUUGAGCGCCUCCGCGCCCGCCUGGCCGCGUUCGAGGGGGACGCGGCGCCCUCGCUCGUGGACGCGCUGCUGGAGCAGGUGGCGCGCUUCCGGGAGCAGCUCCGGCAGCGGGAGGGUGGCGCCUGCGAGGCGGCGCUGCGCCAGGAAAUUGAGAGACUUUCUGAGCAGCUAGAAGAAAAAGAGAAGGAGACGCAGCAGCUGAUGAGCCAGCCGGAGCGCGAGCGAGAGCGGGAAGUGGCACUGCUGCGGAGGAGUGUGGCGGAGAAGGAACGGGCCCGGGCUGCCAGCGACAUUCUGUGCCGCUCCUUGGCUGAUGAAACCCAUCAGCUGCGGAGGACUCUGGCCGCCACCGCCCACAUGUGCCAGCAUCUGGCCAAGUGUCUGGAUGAACGACAGCGCGCUCAGGGGGACGCGGGGGAGAAGAGUCCGGAGGUAAGCCCCUGUACAGGCGGGGCCGCCUCUGGACAGGCUGUUAUCGAGAAGUUACGGGAAGAAAACCGACUGUUACGACAGAAGGUGACUCAUGUGGAAGACCUCAAUGCCAAGUGGCAGCGCUACGAUGCCAGCCGGGACGAGUAUGUGAGGGGGCUCCACGCGCAGCUGCAGGGGCUGCAGGCCCCCCCUGAGCCUGAGAGGUCCUCCUGCCCCGAGCUGAUGAGGAAGGAGAUUUCCAGGCUCAACCGGCAGCUGGAGGAGAAGAUAGGCGUGUGUGCGGCCGUGAGGCGGGAGCUGGCGGCCGUGAGGGGGGCCCACGACGCGGCGCUGGAGCGGGUGCAGAUGCUGGAGCAGCAGAUUCUCGCUUACAAGGAUGAUUUCACCUCAGAAAGGGCAGACCGAGAACGGGCCCAGAGCAGGAUUCAGGAGCUCGAGGAAGAGGUGGCUUCCUUGCGGCAACAGGCGUCCUGGACACAGGACCGCCGCGAGCCAGGCUCCUGCCGGAUUCACAUGGGAAACAGAACCUCCAAGUACUUAGAGACGGAUGCUUUGGAGCUCGUGGCACCCAGUGGCCGGAGGGCGGGGACUGGAUCUCAGGGGCUGGACUCCCCCGCCGAGGGCAGAGCGACCCGCAGAGGGCAGGGGGACCUUCAGUGCCCUCACUGCCUGCGGUGCUUCGGUGACGAGCAAGGCGAGGAGCUCUUCAGGCAUGUGGCUGAGUGCUGCCAGUGAGCCCCGUGGCCGGGAGAGGGAGAGCGCCCUCGAGGUCUGGGGCCCAGACCAGGCUGAGGGGGCUUCAGAUCCUUCACCUUGGUCCUCCUUGGGCGAUGGAACAGACCAGGUCAGAGGGAACCUCCCGUGGGGCAUCUGCUCCUGGGAGGGAGUGUGGCCCCCCAGCUGCCAGGCUGAGAGGCUGGGAGCAACCGGGUGCAGGGAUCCAGGCCAAUAGCCCCCCGACCCCGGGCGUGCCGCAGCUGCUAGAAAAAGCGGGCUGCCUGUGGGGACCCACACGUGUGGGCCCCAGGGUGAAAGGCCUGCCUUGUUCUGUUGAGUAAGGACCAGGAGGUCUGCAGAA